GCCCGGCUGUCCUUUCCCCGCCCAGAGCUGCUCGUGAGGACUGCUGAGGCCGCAGGUGUGGUUGGAAGAACAAUGCAUGUAAGUCUUUGACAUCAUGAUGUACAUACGGCAGAGAAGAGAGAUAAAAACCACAGAGGUUUCUGAGGACUUUCCAGCACAAGAAGAAAAUGGGAAGUUGGAAAAUAAAUUACCAUCUGGUGGCACCAGCGGAAGAUUUUGGAAGAUCCUGUCAUUUACAGUUGGUGGGAGCACUGCCCUUGGGGUUGGACUUCUUACAUCUGUCUACCUUGCCACCUUGCACGAGAACGACUUAUGGUUUUCUAACAUUAAGGAAGUGGAGCGAGAAAUCUCAUUCAGAACAGAGUGUGGAUUGUAUUACUCCUACUACAAGCAGAUGCUGCAGGCUCCAACCCUCAUGCAAGGUUUUCAUGGCUUAGUCUAUGAUAAUGAAACAGAAUCUAUGAAGACAAUUAAUCUCCUUCAGAGAAUGAAUAUUUACCAAGAAGUUUUCCUCAGUAUUUUAUAUAGAGUUCUACCCAUACAGAAAUAUUUAGAGCCAGUUUAUUUUUAUAUUUACACCUUAUUUGGGCUCCAAGCAGUCUAUGUCACAGCACUUUAUGUAACCAGCUGGCUCCUGAGUGGCACCUGGAUAUCGGGACUGUUAGCAGCUUGCUGGUACAUCACCAACAGAAUAGAUACCACAAGAGCUGAAUUUACCAUCCCCCUGAGGGAAAACUGGGCACUGCCAUUCUUUGCAAUCCAGAUAGCAGCAAUUACAUAUUUCCUGAGACCAAACUUACAGUCUCUCUCUGAAAGGCUGACACUUCUUGCCAUUUUCAUAUCAACUUUUCUCUUUAGCCUGACAUGGCAAUUUAAUCAAUUUAUGAUGCUGAUGCAAGCAUUAGUGCUGUUCAUACUGGACUCCGUGGACAUGCUGCCAGCAAAGAAGGCAACAUGGCUGUACAGUAUACAGAUAACAGGCUUGCUCCUGGUCUGCAUCCUUCAGUUUUUCAAUUCUAUGAUUCUUGGAUCAUUGCUUAUCAGCUUCAACCUUUCGGUAUUAAUUGCAAGAAAAUUUCAGAAAAAUCUGAAAACUGGAAAUUUCCUUAACAGGAUCAGGAAACUUUUGCUACAUUUAUCUGUAGUUUUCUGUUUGACACUCUUUCUCAACAAUAUUAUUAAGAAAAUUCUUAACCUGAAGUCAGAUGAACACAUAUUUAAAUUUCUAAAAGCAAAAUUUGGGUUUGGAGCAACAAGAGAUUUUGAUGCAAAUCUCUAUCUGUGUGAAGAAGCUUUUGGCCUCCUGCCUUUUAAUACAUUUGCAAGGCUUUCCGAUACUCUGCUCUUUUAUGCUUACAUAUUCGUUCUGUCCAUCACAGUGAUCACAGCAUUGGUUGUCGCCUUUCAUAAUCUCAGUGAUUCCACAGUUCAGCAGUCCACGGGUAAAAUGGGAAGAUGCACAGCUGACCUGAAGCCGGAAACCGCGUAUAACUUACUUCACACCAUCCUGUUCGGGCUCUUGGCGCUGAGCACAAUGAGGAUGAAGUACCUCUGGACAUCGCACAUGUGUGUGUUUGCGUCAUUUGGGCUGUGCAGCCACGAGCUAUGGGAGCUACUUCUGAAGCGGGUCCGUCUUUAUAACGCAAAGAGGAUAUGUAUAAUGCGAUAUUCAGUACCAAUAGUAAUACUGCUGUAUCUGGGCUAUAAGUUCUGGCCAGGAAUGAUGGAUGAACUCUCCGAGUUGAGAGAAUUCUAUGACCCAGAUACAGUGGAGCUGAUGAACUGGAUUAACUCUAACACUCCACGAAAGGCAGUGUUUGCUGGAAGCAUGCAGCUGCUGGCUGGAGUCAAGCUGUGCACUGGAAGGACCUUAACCAACCACCCUCACUAUGAAGACAACAGCUUGAGGGAACGAACCAAAGCGGUUUAUCAGAUAUACGCAAAGAGGUCUCCAGAGGAAGUGCACAGCCUCCUGAAGUCCUUUGGCACUGACUACGUGAUCCUGGAGGACAGCAUCUGCUACGAGCGCAGGCACCAGCGGGGCUGCCGGCUGCGGGACCUGCUGGACAUCGCCAAUGGACACAUGAUGGACGGCCCAGGAGAGAACGAUCCUGACUUGCAGGCUGCUGACCACCCUCGCUUCUGCGAAGAGAUCAAAAGGAACCUGCCUCCCUACACAGCGCACUUUACCAGGGUGUUUCAGAACAAGACCUUUCACGUCUACAAGCUGUCCAGGAGCAAGUAGUAGACACUCCGGGCCCUUCUCCGUUAUGGACACAGUGCAACUGUAUCCUAUAGAGAGUUGGUAGCAGAUGUUUCCAGGGUGAAUGGGUCACCCGUACCCAAAAGCUGUGAUGUGCAGGCAUCCUGCAACUGUUUACACAAGUGUCACCAUCUUCCAAAACCUGAAGUCUUCUUCUGCCUUGUUUUUCUCUUUCCCAUGUUCUAAUGUUCAUUAACUAAAUGUUCACAACUUCCAGAGACUCAUCUCGGCUUUGGCUCUUGGGUAGAACGGUAUGUGUUCCAGGAUGCAUGGACUGCUGCAUACCGUGCUGACAAAGAGCCUGAUCCGCGUCAGAAAUGCUUUUGAACUUCAGGUACCUUAUAGGACAGCUCUGACUGAGUGGAAUGGAGAGGAUGCGUAGUUAAAUUAUUUAAUGUUAUUUCGUGGACAGAGAUUAGU